AUGGAACUUACCGCAUCUCCGACGACCCGCUUAAGGGAGAUGGGUCACACCGGUCGACAGUCUAUAAAGCUGAGGUUAUACCGAAAGAUGCAACUGAUGACGCUCCACGCUGGUUUGGCUUUCAUCAAAAUGCCUCCUCCAGAGCACGAAGCUUCUCUAAACGAGCUACAGCGUGAACGUGAUAUAUAUCGCCUGGCUUCUGUUAAAUCGGCGGCGUCCUUCCGGAAGCUGUACGACGUGAGUAGCGACUCCAUGGACAUGGGCAAAACCGACCCUAAAAGUAUACGGUAUGUAGCCUUCGAAUGGCUGGAGACCACUUUGCAAGACGUGGAAUACCGCCCUGACAUCCAUAGCUACGCCUUGAUUGGGGCCGUUCUGAGGACAGCUUUAGACAGUUGCGCCAUUCUAGAGGAUAAAACCCUGGUCAAUACGGGUAGGGUCUCCAAUUUUGAAGCGCUAGCAUUUGCUGAUUAGCUCAGAUAUUAAACCUGCCAGCAUUCUACUUUCUGGUAUCGGGACUAACCGAAUUACUACGAAGGUGGGAGACCUGGGCAGUGUCAGUCAGGCUGGCUCUCGUUACCAUGGCUAGCCAUUCGCAAUGCGAGCACCUGAGGUUUGGCAGGGUCGGCCAUGCGCUGAGCCCGCGCAGGUCUGGGCAGUUGCGGCAAUGUUGCUUGUGUGGAUGAAGCCCAUUUUAUUGGGCACCUCGGGUUGCCCCUUUUUCUUCUUCGCUGAGCCUUGGGAGUAUCAUGAAGCUCAUGCGGCUUUUUCCCGCUUGGGAUGUUCCUCCGGUUCCACCCCUUAAGAAAAGUACUCUUCAACUAGACUUCAUAGUGGCCAAGCAAUGGAUCGAUGACCCCCACCAGACCCGCCACAGCCAUCAUACUUGGCGGACGAGUUACGAUUGUUGGAUACAAUGGCAGAGAUAAGGGAUGUUCUUCGUCUCAUGUUGGUUGUCAACCUUGCCGAAAGGCCAUCGGCAGCAGACGUUCUGGUAUCGAAAGAGUUUUCCGCCUUGGAAGAAUCCCUUGCGAGGAUGAAAUAGACAGCGAAGUCACCCUACGUGCCUGGGGUAGGAAUGUAGAUUAGCGAACUAUUCCACUCUACAAUUUAGCCACUUUAAAUUUAUGCUCGUUUUCGCUCAUUGCCGCAAAUGGAGCAUACGUACUGAGCAUGCAUCCUCCGAUAACCUUGUCCCCUGCGCCCCUGACGAAAGGCGUUGCAGCGCUCCCCUAUUCGAGAGAUCCUCUUGCUAGUCCAAUCAAUCAAUCAUUAUAUCACUCUUGGUCUAAACAUAAUAAAUAUGAUAGUGAGGUGGUCUUUUAACAACUUGAAGAUAUUUCAAGGAGAUUAUACCACACUUACUUUCAUGUGGCUUGGUAAACUUCCC